CCAAAUACUACAUCGUUCCGCUUUUAGAUAUAAUCUCGCUAGAAUCAAAUAAAUAAACUCACCGGAAUCUCCCAGUACACCGCCGGCGAAUUCGGGUUUCUUUUGUUAUUCCCUCUAAUAAAGCCCGAGAAAGUGACGCCCACGUAUUAAUGUGGUGGAGAUCAGCCUCUUUCAUUCUCGACCAACGAAACCAAGACGACGCCGCAUCAUCAACCAAACCCGAAACCCUCUCUGUGUCUCCGCCCCAGACGCAGUCUUCGUACAUGGCGGCCGCCGAGCCAUUCAACCAAAACCCUAACCCUAACCCUAAGAUCUCUGCUUACUACCAGACGAGGGCGGCCCACACCGGCGUCGUCACCAAGGACUGGCUCGCCCAGGCCCAGGCCGCAGUCGGCCGACACCCCGACGACGUGCCCUCGCCGGGGUAUGAAGUCGAGACCUCCGACUCCGGCAAGUCCUUCAGCGUCAUCCACGAGUUCAACAACUGGCGGAAGCAGCCCGAUCUCGCCGAGGCCGUGGCGGCCAUUCGAGCCUUAGCCGCCGUGAUUAGGGCCAGCGAGGCCACCACCAUGAUGGAGCUCGAAAUUGAGCUCAAGAAGGCCUCCGACUCUCUCAAAUCAUGGGACACGACCUCCAUCUCCUUGACAGCAGGCUGUGAUCUGUUUAUGCGAUAUGUAACCAGAACAUCAGCAUUAGAAUAUGAGGACUUCAAUUCAGCCAAGUCUCGCUUGAUUGAACGAGCAGAGAAAUUUGGGGAGAUAUCUUGUAAGGCACGCAGGAUCAUUGCAAUGCUUAGUCAGGAUUUUAUAUUUGAUGGUUGUACCAUUUUGGUGCAUGGCUUUUCCAGAGUUGUGUUGGAAGUGCUGAAGACAGCAGCUCAGAAUAAGAAACUCUUUCGGGUUUUCUGCACAGAGGGAAGGCCAGAUAGAACAGGUUUACGAUUAUCUAAUGAGCUGGCCAAGCUUGAUGUUCCUGUGAAGCUCCUAAUUGACUCUGCAGCGGCAUAUUCUAUGGAUGAGGUUGAUAUGGUAUUUGUUGGGGCAGAUGGAGUAGUUGAAAGUGGAGGUAUCAUUAACAUGAUGGGAACAUACCAAAUUGCAUUGGUAGCACACAGCAUGAACAAACCUGUUUAUGUGGCUGCUGAAAGCUACAAGUUUGCUCGCCUAUACCCCUUGGACCAAAAAGACAUGGCCCCUGCUUUACGGCCGAUCGAUUUUGGGGUACCCAUUCCAUCCAAGGUUGAGGUUGAAACGUCUGCCCGGGAUUAUACACCUCCUCAGUAUCUGACUCUACUCUUUACGGAUCUGGGUGUCCUCACUCCAUCUGUGGUCAGUGAUGAGCUCAUCCAGCUAUACUUGUAGUCAUUGAGGGAUACAAUUUUGUCUCAUUUUACUUUCCAGAUCAUGAUGUAUGAAUGUUGUGUGAUAGAGAAAUUCAGUACUCAAUGCAUGAAUUGAAACUUUGGUUUAA